GUACUUUAUUAGUCAGCCUAUUUUAUGGGUGAUUUAAAAGUAUAAACAUGAUGUUUUAACUUUGAGAAGAUUUUUUUUUUUAAUUUUUCAUGUCAAGUUGGUUCACUGAAUAUUAUUGUGUUCUUCAGAACAGUUAGUUCGAGUUUAGCUAAAAUAAGUGGUGUGUUUGAAGCCUAAGGUGUCAUAAGCCCAUAAUUUCUUGAAAUUCCUUUCAAAGAAAUAAGAAACAAUUAAACUGUUUCUGUCAAGGAAAUUUGCUGCAAUUUUCAGUUUUCUGGGAAACGUAGAGGCAAAUUUUCCACUUUUUCGUUCUGGUUGUAAGGCAAAGAACAAGAAGAGCUUCAACUGAAACAAUGGUGACCAAAAGUGUAGAUCUUCGAUCGGAUACGGUAACGAAACCAACUGAGGCAAUGAGGGCUGCAAUGGCAACUGCUGAAGUUGAUGAUGAUGUCUUGGGUGCUGAUCCGACCGCGGCCCGGUUGGAAUCUGAAGCCGCUAAGAUCAUGGGCAAGGAAGCCGGUUUAUUUGUUGCAUCAGGCACCAUGGGUAACCUCAUUAGUGUUCUUGUUCAUUGUGAUAUUAGGGGAAGUGAAGUCAUUCUUGGUGACAAUUGUCAUAUCCAUAUUUAUGAGAAUGGUGGGAUUUCAACCAUUGGAGGUGUUCAUCCAAGGCCGGUGAAGAACAAUGAUGAUGGAACUAUGGACAUCGGUUUGAUUGAAGCCGCCAUUAGGGACCCAAGAGGAGAGAUUGUUUACCCAACUACAAGGCUCAUUUGCUUGGAGAAUUCACAUGCAAACACCGGGGGUAGAUGCUUGUCUGCGGAAUACACUGACAAAGUUGGUGAGCUAGCUAAGAAGCAUGGCUUAAAGCUUCACAUUGAUGGGGCUCGCAUUUUCAAUGCAUCUGUGGCACUUGGAGUUCCUGUUAACAGGCUUGUACAAGCUGCAGACUCGGUCUCGGUAUGCUUAUCAAAAGGUUUAGGUGCUCCAGUUGGAUCCGUCAUUGUUGGAUCCAAAAGCUUUAUUAGCAAGGCUAGAAGACUUAGGAAAACUUUAGGUGGUGGGAUGAGGCAGCUUGGUUUCAUUUGUGCUGCUGCUUUUGUUGCUUUAAAAGAAAAUGUUGCAAAGCUCGAGGGUGAUCACAAGAAGGCUAAGGUGUUAGCAGAGGGGCUAAAUCAAAUUAAAGGUCUAAGAGUCAAUGUUGCUGCAGUGGAAACAAAUAUCAUAUUUUUUGACAUAGUGGAGGGAUCUAAAAUCACAGCAGAGAAGCUAUACAAGAAGUUAGAGGAACAUGGUGUGCUUGUGAUGCUGGAAGGCCCACUCAGGAUGAGAAUUGUCCUCCACCACCAAAUAUCAUCAAGCGAUGUGCUGUACACUUUGUCAUGCUUUCAGCAAGCUUUAAUUGGAGUGCAAGUAGAAAAUGGGAACUAAGUCAGACAUUGCUACUCCUCUAAUAAACCUCUAAACAUCAUGUCAAGAUGUUACAGUGGGGGAACAUGAUCAUAAAUAUAUAUGUAAAAUCCAUUCGUAUUAAGCCUUUGGAGAUUCCAUCAUCCUCGCUUAGUAGCAUGUAACUUUUGUUAUUCAUUGGCGAUUAAAGUUUAGUUUUCUUUA